AUGUUCUCAAAAUGUAGAACUGACGCGUUUAGGAAGAUGUCUAUGAAAUGUUUCGCCCUUAGUUAUAAUAUAAAAAAGGAAGAAAGAUUGUUGGAGAUGCACAAGUCCAAUUUCGUAGAAAACGGCACUAAUAUUAAUUUUCGUUCAUCAGUGAAGGCGAGCGAAGCAAACUCCACAGAAAGUCUGAAGUCCGGCUUUAGCCGGACGUUCAGACUGGUUAGAUUAUACGCGGGAUACUGUAGCUGCUGUAGAUUGACUUCAUGCUGUUAUCGUUUUGUAUAA